AUGUCGUCUAAUGCCGGGCCAUCGAGCUCAACAACAACCCUCAAAACCUCAAAACUGUCACCUGUCGUCCUCGACAGCCACUCGUCUUCGGGAAUUGGGAGCAACAUCAGUCUCCAUCCGCUACCGAUCUUAAACAUUUCUGAACACCUUGUCCGAACGAGGUUGCAAAGCAAUGAUACAGAUUUGACAGUCUACGGUGUCCUGCUUGGCACGCAGCAAGGACGAGACAUCAACAUUCAGAACUCGUUCGAGAUCCGACUGGAUCCAUCAGCUUCUCCGACGUCGGCGCCUAUGAUUAACCAUGCAUUCCUCAAGUCGCGACAGUCACAGUACAAGCAAGUUUUCCCAACCUUAGACUUGCUUGGAUGGUACACCAUCGGCGAUCUUCCCACGCCGCAAGGUCUCGAGAUCCAUAAGCAGUUGCUCGCGUACAACGAAACACCAAUUUUCGUUCAGCUCCAUCAGACGGUCUCAUCGUUUGAGAAUGCAGAGGUCAACGGCGAGCUUCCUAUCAGGGUGUACGAGUCAGUGGUGGAGAUGGUGCAGGGCGAGACGACCAACUUUUUCGUUCCAGCAGGAUUCAAGAUCGAGACAGGGGAAGCAGAGCGGAUCGCGGUGGAUCAUGCAAGCAAGGCUGGUGCUGAGUCCGGCGGUGAUCAUGAGAGUGCAAAGCUGACAAGCAUGCAAGCUCAGCACGGCGCCAUCAGCAAGCUCCACGAUCGCAUUCAUCAAGUACUUGGCUACCUUCAGGCUGUCAAGGGUGGACAAGCGGCUUGGGAUCACGAAGCGCUGCGGCAGAUACAAACAGUCGUUGCCAACUUGCCGCAGACGGUUCUUCCAGAACUUCAAGAGGAGCUCUUAAGGGAACACAACGAUGUCCUCUUGACAAACUACCUCUCGGUGCUCACCGAGAACCUUCACACCAUGAAUGAGCUGACGGACAAGUUCGAAGUAGUCCAGGCCGGUGGAAAGGACGAGAACGGCGCAGAUGCAGGUGGGAUCCUAGCCGGCACAGCGCCAGGUGUUCAGGGUCGUAAAGGCGGCGGUGGAGCAGCAGGAAGGAGCUCGGCGCUGCGUGCCGUAUACAGAUGA